AUGAGUCCUGAGAACAACGGCCCACUCCUGAUUUAUCGGUUUACCGAUUUCAAGAAGGACGAUAUUUUGUACCAUGGAUAUAUUCUAGAGCUCCAAGAUGUUGAUCUGCGCUUUGGAGAACCCAACUUUGUUGCCUACUUCCUUGGCAACAAUGAAGUGGUCGUGAAGUACCCGUCUACAAGCUACACAUUUCUCUAUGACACCGAUGUUGAGGCUGCUGGAAGGCGUCUAGCAAAUCUAGUGGACGAUCGUCUCGAACAAACGGUAGAUGUCGCUCGCAAUCAGAUUGCUAGUGACCCGGCCCGUAAAUUCAAACAUCUUCUGCUUACAUUUCCCUCCAAGCCAAACAAGGCAGGCGCCUACCCGAGUCCAUAA